CUCAUUACUCUCUCCAACGUAUCCUGAUCACUCCAUCCCACUCCUUCCUUCCCUUCCCCAUCCCAUUCCCCAACAAAACAACCUCUCCAUGUUCGCACCCACUCUCCACCUGCUCAGACCCGCUGCGGUCCUCAGGUCCGCGGUCCGCAACGUUUCUAUCGCUGCCGGGCCCGCUCGCAUCAACCCUACCGCUUCGCCAUCAGCAUUCGUCCGAAAUGGACACCGAUUCGCUUCCACCGCCUCUACCUCAAAGCUCCACCAAGCUUCGGUCCGAUCCUCAGUGCAUCAGUCUCUAGCUAUCAGCUCCGCCUUCAGAAACGCCUCAUCAACAUCCUCGCGGACUAUUAUUGCUGCCGGAGCCGCGACCACCUGUGUCUUCGGACCCCUUAUCCUAUCGCGAUCCGCCGUCGGAUCGGCCGGUCUCUUCUCCUCACGCCAUAUCGCGCACUGCGCACCUGCCACUCCAGUCCGAUCGGCUCCUGCAUAUGACGUCUACGCCGCGCAAGAUGAACCGUUGAUCAACAGCAAGGAGCUGACCUUCGGCACGGCCAUGGGACUCUGCUCCGGAUACCUGGUCAAGAAGCUCGGAAAGCUGAUGAUGCUCGUUGUCGGCCUGGGCUUCGUCUCACUUCAAUUGCUCGCCAACUCUGGAUACGUUAAGGUCAACUGGGUCCUAGUCGAGUCCAAAUUCAUGGACCGAUUCGAUGUCGAUAAGGAUGGCAAGGUUACAAUGAACGAUGCAAAGCACGGAUUCAGAUGGCUCAUCGGAUUGUUGACCAAUAACUUCCAAUUCAAGUCAACAUUUGUCGGCGGAUUCGUCUUGGGAUUCCGUUAUGGAUAAAGGGCAUCAGGGCGUCUCUGUAAUUCCCACCAUGUUUUCAUUUGUUGUCUAGACAUUGUACUCCAAUAAAAAGUAAUAUCCGCCUUUUUUUUUAUUCA